UUAUAUUCGCGCUUAGAGAAUUAUAAACAACUUCAUCUGAUCUCAUUUUCAAUACCCAACAGAUUCAUCACGGUUGGACAGCUUAAUAUCUACAGCGAUCGGACGGCUGUGUAACGCGAGGAGCCGAGUGUCGUUGAAACGACGGUUGAGCAGCGCGUGAGGAGCAAUGUCGUCCUCUGAGAUAUGUUAGCUUGUUGACAGCUAGUCGACAAGCUAACGUAAUUAGCUUAGCUAAGACACCCCUAAUUUAUCGAAAGCAACAACAUGGCAUGAUAGUAUAAUAAUUAUUAGUCGAUAUAUUCCCUGUAGGGGAUGUUUAGUUGCAAACGGAUGCGUUGAGUAACAUUAUGUGUUUUGUGGACUUUCGAGUUUGCUUAGUGCGAUAGCUGAAAUCAUUUUAGUAAGUUACCCAAGUGAUUUGUCAGUACAUAUGUGACCGUAUCUUCAAUAAUAUGUGGUAGGGCUUUACAGCUGAUAUCUAGUGUUGCUCAAACUUCCUCUUUGUUAGAGCUCGGCUUGUGGCUAAAGUGUACCAGAGGUUAAAUAUAUACUUCCCUACCUCUAUACUAUCGGUCACAUUUUUUGAAAAUGAAAAAUUGUGAGUAUCAACAAAUAGACCCACGAGCGCUCGGAACGUCGAACACCCGGACCUCCACCACUUUUAAACUCCCCAAAAACUCCCAGCGCCUACGGAGGAAAUGGGAAGUUUUCCCUGGAAAUAAUCGCUUCUACUGUGAUGGGCGUAUUAUGUUGGCCAGGCAAUGCGGUGUGCUCCCGCUGACCAUCGGCCUAAUCGUCAUCACCAGUGGCUUAUUUUUCACUUUUGAUUGCCCCUUUCUGGUGCAUCACCUUACUGUCUUCAUUCCAGUAAUCGGUGGGAUGUUAUUUGUAUUUGUCAUCUUCACCCUCCUUCAAACCAGUUUUACAGAGCCAGGGAUAUUACCCAGGGCUUUGCCGGAUGAGGCUGCGGAUGUUGAGAGACAGAUUGAUAAUUCUGGAUCUUCAACAUACCGUCCACCUCCCCGAACUAAAGAGAUCCUUAUAAAUGACCAGGUGGUCAAGCUUAAAUACUGUUUCUCAUUUAUUGUUAUGUAUAUUUUGGACAUUAACACACAUUUACAGCAGAUUUGCAACCUUAACCCUUCCUGCACUAUUGUCGAGCUGGUCAUUUGCUUCUUCUCCAUCUGGUCCGUUCUUGGUCUGUCAGGUUUCCAUACUUAUCUUGUGGCCGCCAACCUCACAACCAACGAAGAUAUUAAAGGCUCUUGGUCCAGUAAAAGAGGAGAAGAAUCAGGGAAUCCUUACACCUAUAACAACAUCUUUACAAACUGCUGUGUGGUGCUUUGUGGGCCGAUGCCACCCAGCUUGAUUGACAGAAGAGGCUUUUUACCUCCAGAUGACACACCUCAAACAGUGACCUCUGACACUGAGCUCCCUCCUUUCAUGUCUAAGAAUGACGCAAAUAUGGUAAGAGUGCCUUCAAGUUCAAGGAGCAUUAAUUCCUAAGUAUUUUUUAAAUAGUUAAAGCAUUGUAGCAAUAAUCCUGAUACAUUAGUCUGUCAAAAAACAUUCCAUGGCAUUUCAAGUCAUACACUACCGCUCA